AAAUAGUCCAAUUUCUUAACCUCUUUUCACCAAUUAAACAAUAUCAUUACUGCCAUGGAGCCACCGUCCAAGAAACCACGCAGGCUGCUCGACGACGACAGCUCGAGCGAUUCCGGAGACGAGGCGGGCGGAGUGCUCCUCGGCAACGAGGAGAGCGGCUUCAAAAUCAAUGAGGACUACGCACGUCGGUUCGAGCAUAACAAGAAGAGAGAAGAGCUGCAGAAGUUAGAGUCAAAAUUCGGGAAAGGAACAGCUCUCGGCAAGCGACGCAAUCGCGACGACAACGAUGACGGGUCUGAUGACGAAGAGGGUUCUUCUUCCGAGGAGGAUGAAGACGAGGAUGGCGAAUUGGCGACGAUGAAACUGGAUGCAGAGAUUCAGGCAACCCUUCAAGCUAUUCGAUCUAAAGACCCCCGAGUCUACGACAAGAAUGUGACAUUCUACUCCGAGAUUGACGAGACGUCCCCGCAAGACGGCGCCGUAAAGGCAGAGAAGCCCAUGACACUGCGUGAUUACCACCGUGAAAACCUGUUGAAGGGUGGUGAUGAUGUGGAAGACGAGGUCCCCAAGACCUUUGCUCAGGAGCAGGCAGAUCUGAAAAAGUCAAUUCUCAAGGAAGUUAAAGCGGUAACGGAUGGAAAUACGGAUGGCGACGACGACGAAGACGAUUUCCUUGUCGCCAAGUCGAUUACGCUCCCAGCUCCAACUCCAAAGGUAGACAUCAAGCAAGAAGUCGAAAAGGCAGACAGAGAUCCGGAGACAUUUCUCUCCAACUUCCUCUCUUCAAGAGCUUGGAUUCCCUCUUCCAGAGAGCUUCACCCCUUCGAGUCCGAAGAUGAAGCGGAGGAAGACGCAGCCGACGCUUUUGAGGAAGCAUACAACUUCCGUUUUGAAGACCCGAAUAAGGUCAAUGAACGAUUGAAGACCCACGCUCGUGACGCCAUCGCCAAGCAGUCGGUUCGCAGAGAGGAGAAGAACACCCGAAAGAAGCUGAGAGAGGCCGAGCGUUCCAAGAAAGAGGAGGAGAAAAAACAGCGGGAGACCGAAAAGAAUCGCCUGCGGAAGCUUAAGAUCGAGGAGCUCCAGGGGAAGGUCAACCAGAUCAAGGAGGUUGCGGGCAUUCACGCCAGUGGCUUUACCGACGAGGACUGGGUUCACUUUUUGGAUGAUGCCUGGGAUGACAAAGAGUGGGAGGAAGAGAUGCAGAAACGCUUCGGAGAAGACUACUAUGCAGAGGGAGAACAGGGAGAUGACAAGAAGAAGAAGAAGCCCAAGAAGCCCACGUGGGAUGACGACAUCGACAUCACGGAUCUUGUACCAGAUUAUGAGAAUGAUGAUGAGAAACCUCGCACCAGCCUGUCUGACGAUGAGAUGAUGGAUGCGGAAGCGGAUAGGGGUGAUAACGAUGAAGACGAAGAAGAUGAUGAAGAUGAAGGGGAGAAUCCUUCCGGGUCCAAGAAGAAGAAGAAGAGCAAGGCCCAGGAGAAACGAGACAAGAAGCGCGAAGCUCGUAAGGAGCGGAUGCGCAUCGAGGAAGCCGUGGAUCGCAACCUGGACCUGGAUAUCUCGCUGCUUCCUGGCGCGACGAAGAAAAACUCCUCUGGCUUCCGCUACCGCGAAACCUCGCCGCAGAGCUUUGGUCUGACGGCGCGAGAUAUCCUCAUGGCAGACGACUCGCACCUCAACGAGUUCGCCGGACUAAAGAAGCUUGCCUCCUUCCGGGACCCGGAGAAGAAGCGCCGCGACCAGAAAAAACUGGGCAAGAAGGCGCGUCUUAGGCAAUGGCGCAAGGACACCUUCGGCGACGAGGAGGGUCCCCGCAUCGAGUUCGGCUCGCAGACAGCUGCGGGCGACUCUGCCGCUGGCCAGCAGGAGACCGAGGCCGACGAUAACGUCGACAUUCGCGAAGACGGGUCCCGGAAGAAGAAGAGAAAGAGGUCCAAGAAGCACUGAUCUUUCCUCUUUCGUAAUCAAUGUUAUGUAUAUCGAUGCUUGGUGUUAUCGGAUAUCCAGUUAGUACAUUAGCUACAC